AUCUCUUACGUACGAAUAAGGCUCUAUUAUCGUUGAUUAUAGUCUGCGCUGCAAUCUGCUUAUAUUACCCAAAUCUGAUCACGGAAUUAAAAGUCAGUAGUGGAAAAAUCAUUUCCAUUUUCCGUUCACAAUUUUCAACUUGGCGUAUGCGACUCCUGCUCGCAAAUUAUAUUACUCAAUCGCAAAAAUAAGUCGUGUGUCAUACCAAUCAUAUCAGGAGUUUAUAAGUCCAACGGAUUACAUGGCUUUCGAUCCAUUUAAACAUCGAACGUUGGACUCAUUGAAUCCGCUUACGAAAAUGCGUCUAUUCGUAUUUUUUUCUAUUCUGACCGUAUCCGCGGCACAAGAAGCUCCUCCUGAAGUACAAACGAAAUUAGGUAAGAUUGUUGGCUCAACGAUGAAAUCUAGGUCAGGAAAAAAUAUUCUUGCAUUUAGAAAUAUUAGAUAUGCCAAAGCACCGGUUGGGGAAAAGCGUUUUUUGCCACCUGUUCCGGUAGAUCCAUGGUCUGAUUUGUACGACGCCACAGAGGAUGGUUUUGCAUGUCCUUAUUACAAAGCUGCAAAUACUUCAGAAGACUGUUUAGUUCUUAACAUAUUUACCACCGAAUUACCAUCGCCAGCAGAAAAACAGCCAUUAAAAAAACCAGUUAUAGUUUUCAUUCAUCCAGGAGGAUUUCACAGUUCUACCGGUAGAAGUUCUUGGUUUGGACCACAAUAUUUGUUGGAUCAUGACAUUGUUCUCGUAACGUUCAAUUACCGAAUCGGUGCUCUAGGUUUUAUAAGUACAGGCGACGAAUACGCACCCGGCAAUAUUGGCCUGAAAGAUCAAAAUUUAGUACUAAAAUUCGUUAGAGACCACAUUGAGGAUUUCGGUGGAGAUCCCAAUUCCGUAACACUGACAGGUCAAAAUGCAGGUGCUUGUAGUGUAAUUUUACACAUGAUGUCUCCGAUGUCAAGAGGUUUGUUUCAUCGAGUUAUUGCAAUGAGUGGCUCGCCAGCAAUGAUCGAACCAUUGCCUGGUCAUCAGAAACACUUGGCUAUUAAACAAGCGGAAAUAUUGGAGUGCCCGACUGAAGAUAUGGACAAGAUGUUUGACUGUCUCAGAUCUAAACCUGCUGAGGACUAUGGAAAUUCAAUGGCUAACUUGCAGGAAUGGCAUAUGGAUCCAGUAUUAAUUUGGUAUCCUGUCGUCGAACCUGAUAUACCUGGAGUAGAAAAAUUUUUGACUGAUCAACCAAUUGAUCUGUUGAAAUCCGGUGACUAUGAACAGGUUCCUUUAGUUACAGGCUGCGUCAGAGACGAGAUGGGCUCCUUAAACAUGGAAGCGAUUGAAGCGGCAAAGAAAGGCGAUGACUCGAUAUUUAUAGAUCUUACCGAGAAUUGGUCGAAAAUCGCGCCAAUAAGUUUCAUGUAUGAACGAGGCACUGAUCACUCCAAAACUGUCAGUAGCGAACUGAUGAGCUUUUAUUUUAAUAAUGAGCCUAUUACACUUAAUAACUCGAUAGGACGCGCUAACAUAUAUACCGAUGCUAUAACAGUUUAUCCAGUCAGAAGACACGCUUCGAUUAUUGCCAAAACUUCAAAACAUCCAGUUUAUCUCUAUAUGUUCACUUACGAGGGACCUUACAGUUGUUAUAUGUGGAGUGAUGGAAAGCCAUAUGGCGUAGCGCAUCAAGAUGAUCUAUUCUACAUAUUCUACACAUCAACGUUCCCAAUGAUUGGUAAAAAUGAUAAAGAAGCUCAUUUAGUCGACAGAAUGACAGCAAUAUGGGCGAAUUUUGCCAGAACCUCUGAACCUAUUCCUAAAGACAAUGCUCUCUUCUCUGGAGUAACUUGGGAAAAAUUGUCACCCGAUACUUACAAUUAUCUUGAUAUCAAUAGUCAACUCGAAAUGAAGAAAAAUUUUUUCGCCGACCGCAUGAAAUUUUGGGAGACAUUAUAUCCUACUUCAAUUGGUAGCAUCGACAUGAAUAAAGUGUGGCUAUCUUUAUUAUUCGUUCUACUCAAUAUUAUAAUAUGCAUUUAUGGACAGAAAAAUCCCAAAGUUCGAACGAAACUUGGAGAAAUCACCGGUACGAUAAUGAAAACCCGUCGCGGCAAGGAUAUUUAUGCAUUUAGAAGUAUUAGAUAUGCCAAAGCUCCAGUUGGCGAAAGACGUUUCUUGCCUCCAGAACCAGUAGAUUCAUGGAAUGGCACUUAUGAUGGCACACAAGAAGGUCCAGUAUGUCCUAUGUACAGUACUAAAGCGAAUGUCUCGGAAGAUUGUUUGGUUUUAAACAUUUAUACUACACAACUAGCAAGUCAUCAUAAAUCAGUUAAGAAGCCGGUCAUAGUUUUCAUUCAUUUUGGUGGUUUUAAAAGUGGUUCGGGUAGAAGUUCUAUCUUAGGCCCUCAAUACUUACUCGAUAAAGAUAUAGUACUCGUAACCUUCAAUUACCGUCUAGGACCAUUAGGUUUUAUCAGUACCGGCGAUAAAUAUGCACCAGGAAAUCUCGGUCUAAAGGAUCAAAAUUUAGUACUGCGAUUCGUCAAAGAUCACAUCUCAGUCUUCGGUGGAGAUCCUAAUUCUGUAACUCUAGCCGGCCAAAGCGCUGGAUCACGGAGCGUUUACUUGCACAUGAUGUCACCAAUGUCAAAGGGUUUGUUUCAUCGAGCUAUUGCUUUGAGUGGUCCAGCCAUGACACUCGAACCAUAUCCACGAGAUCAGAGACAUUUAGCGAUCAAAUUAGGGCAGCUUGUCAAUUGUACAACUGAAAAUAUGAAAAAAAUGUUUGAUUGCUUGAAGACUGUGCCAGCUGAAUUAUUUGGCACUAUUCAGAAUAAAUUCUGGGAUUGGAGAGGUGAUCCAGUGUUAAUAUGGUACCCUGUAAUCGAACCUGAGAUUCCAGGAGUAGAAAGAUUUCUGACUGAUCAGCCAAAUAAUCUUGUUAAGUCUGGAAACUUUUAUCAGGUUCCAUUUAUCACUGGAGUUGUCAGAGACGAAAUGGGAGCUUUCAAUAUAAGAUCCGUCGAAGCUGCACAGAAGGGUGAUGAUUCCACCUUCGUGGAAUUGAACAAUAAUUGGGAAACGAUAGCUCCGAUAAGUUUCAUUUAUCAACGCAACACCACAAAAUCUAAGAUUGUUAGCAGAGAGUUGAAAAAAUUUUAUUUCAACGAUGAACCGAUUUCAUUGAAAAAUGCCAUUGGCCGUGCUUACAUAUAUGCAGAUGCUAUAACUCUUUAUCCUGUCCGAAGAAUAGCUUCAUUAAUGGCAAGUGUAUCAAAACAACCAAUUUAUUUUUAUUUUUUUAAUUACGAAGGCCCGUACAGUCUUUACCAUUGGAGCGACGGUAAACCAUAUGGUGUUUCUCAUCAAGACGAACUGUUUUAUAUAUUCUACACGGCAUUCUUUCCGAUGAUUAAAACAACUGAUAAAGAAAACGAAAUACUCGAAAGGUUUACGACUAUUUGGACGAACUUUGCGAAAACUUCGAAACCAAUUCCUAAUAAUAAUUCACUAUUCCAAGACGUUACAUGGGAAACAUUGAACUCGAACACUUUUAAUUAUUUAGAAAUUAAUAAUACGCUCCAGAUGAAGGAAAAUUACUUUGCUGAUCGUAUGCAGUUUUGGGAAAAACUUUAUCCCGCGUAACUUAAUAAAAAUUGUUUAAUAUAUCUGUACUUUACACUUUGUUACAAGACAAUUUACGCCUUAUUUAUUCGCGGCAUAAGAUAUGGAAUGUGUGAGUACGCAGGCACACGCGCGCAAUAUUACAUUUGUAGAGAGAGAGAGAGAAAAAGAGGCAGAGCACAGCAGCAUUUCGCCACGACACGAUGAUUUCCGAAAUCGACCGGUCUUAAAUGAUGCAUAAAUAAAAGCCCCUCGCGUAUUCAUGAGGAAAGUUCGGAGCUUCUCCGCUUACUCGCUUAACGUAAUCGGACAUCACCUUCACUCGCUCGAGGUUGCAACGAUAUCGGCGUACGCGUCAUUUAGCAAGCUUGCAUUUACCGAAAAAGCGGAACUAGUACAGAAGUGAAUACAUAGUACAUCGGUACGCGCGAGAAAACCAACCCUCUACUACCAGGCCGUGCGAGGUCCACUUCCUGUGCAUCGCUGGACUGUAGAAAUUAUUUAUCUCGAAAACAAUCUAUUCCCGCGACAUAGAACUUCUCAUAAAGUUAAUAUUCUGGUAGUUAUACCGUAUAUUCGA